GUCACACUGCCCACCAGCAAGCACCAACAAAAACAACAACAACACGGAAGUCUGUAAAUGUAAAUAGACGGAACUUGCUGCAGAGACAGCUAAAAACCCAACGAAUUGGAGUCCCGAGACACCAGAAGCGAGCAGCCGAAGGAAAGCCAGCCGCUGGUCACUUAAAUGCGCAUCAAAAUGAAUUGUGAAGUGCAGGAGCAGCAAAAACAUCAGCCACAGCAGCAACAACAACAGCAACAGCAGCACCAGCAGCAACAACAUCACGGCAGCAGCAACAAGUUGCCAGUGAGAAAGCAGGAGAGCUGCUCCGACGACGAUGAGAGUCCCAGCCGGACGACGGAGCGCCAGAAUCUGGAGUUCGCCAAGAAGCUGGGCUACAGCGAACAGUCCAUCCAUUCGGCGUUGACGCGUCUGGGCUCGGAGGCCAAGCAGAACGAGCUGCUGGCGGAGCUGAUCAAGCUGACGGCGGAUGCACCACGACCCGCCCACACCGUAGGCGCUGGUAAUCCAGCCACCAUCUCCUCCUCCGCCACCACCACCACCGUCGGCAGCAGCAGCAUCUCUGGCCUGCGACACAUCGUCAUCGAUGGCAGCAAUGUUGCCCUGUCGCACGGCAACAACCUGAUCUUCUCCUGCCGCGGCAUCCGCAUCUGUGUGGACUGGUUCCGGCAGCGAGGGCAUCGCGACAUCACCGCCUUCGUGCCGAAUUGGCGCAAGGAGAUGGCCAACAACAACAUCGCCGACCAGGAGCUGCUCUACGAACUGGAACACGAAAGGUUCCUGGUGUUCACGCCAUCGCGACAUCUGGACGGCAAGCGGGUGUCCUGCUACGAUGACCGUUUCAUACUCAAGUUGGCCGUGGAAACCGAUGGCAUUGUGGUGUCCAACGACAAUUACAGGGAUCUGAUCCUGGAGAGCAACGAGUUCCGGCGCGUGGUGCAGGAACGCCUGUUGAUGUACUCGUUUGUCAAUGACAUCUUCAUGCCACCCGAUGAUCCGCUGGGCAGAUCAGGUCCCAAUCUCGAUCUGUUCCUGUGCUCGCAGACGCAACAGAAGAUGGCGGAUGCCCAGCAGUUGUGCCCGUAUGGCAAAAAGUGCACCUACGGGCAGAAGUGCAAGUUUCGGCAUCAUCCGGGUCCGCUGCUGCAGCGUCUGCCACUCCAGGCCUCGCACAGUGCUCCGCUGCACACGAAUGGGGGCCAGCAGAUGAUCAGUCCGGGUGGCAAUAACAACAAUGUUAAGAUCAACUCACUGAUUAGCCGAGAGCCAUUGGGUCGCACCAAGUCCAAUACCAUCGAGCAGGUGUGCCAGGGCUUCUCGGCUCAAAUGGAGCUUUCGGAGGGCUCCAUGGAGUCCAGCCAGCCCAAUCGCCACAAGAAGCUGCAGCGCCAACAGCCGCCGCCUGCCUAUCGCCUCCUGGUGCCCACCUACAGUGCUCCCCUGCAGCAACAGCAGCAGGUGCAGCAGCAGCAUCAACAGUCCAACUCCAGCUCCAACUAUCACCACCAGUAUCUGACGCGCACGCCAUCCGCCCCGGUCACGGAUCAGGGAUUGGGUCUGCCACUGCCCGCUCACAACUUCGCCCAUCUGUCCGCCUCCGAUUCGCGCAUCAACGAGGAACUGCACGCCUCGCAGCAACUGCCACGGGAGGAGCAGCGCCGAUUGCUCCGCUAUCACCUGGGCAGCCUGUUUCCGCCGCACCAAGUGCACGCCGUGCUGCAGCUCUAUCCUGAGGAGACCGACGCCAAGACCAUCUGCGCAGCUAUACUUAAUUUAUUUCCGCAUAAUUAGGCUAGGCUUAAAUUUCAUCAAUAUACUUAGAUGUGUAAUUACACGCGUGUGUCUGUUUAAUGUUUAGAGUGUCGCUUUGGGACGACGAGGAGUCCUCGCUAGAAGUUUACAUCUCCAGGCC